ACAACGCGGAGUGAGUUUGACUCCAGCGAGUACGAGGUUCGUCGGCGCUACCAGGACUUCCUGUGGCUCCGAAGCAGACUGGAAGAAAACCACCCAACGCUCAUCGUCCAUCCGCUGCCGGAGAAGUUUGUGAUGAAAAGCAUGGUGGAACGCUUCAACAAUGACUUCAUUGAGACCAGGAGGAAAGCUCUGCACCGCUUCCUCAACAAGAUCUCUGAUCAUCCUAUACUGUCCUGCAGCGAGCACUUCAAAGUCUUCCUCACUGCAGAGGAGCUAAUGUCUCACAGGAAGCAGGGUCCGGGCUUCCUGAGCAGGAUGGGGGAGACGGUGAGGGCGGUGGCCAACUCGGUACGAGGCCUGAGGAGCCGGCCGGAGGAGUUCACUGUGAUGCAGGAGUACGUGGAGAACUUCAGUAGCAAGAUCUGCUCUGUGGACAAAGUCACCCAGAGGAUCAUCAAGGAGCAGAAAGAGUAUCUGGAUGAGCUGAAGCAGUACAGCCCCACCUACACCCAGUGGGCGGAGUCAGAGGAGGAGCUGGCGGAGCCACUGAAGGGCGUGGCCAGCUGUGUGGAGCGGUGUAGCAAGGAAACAGAAGAGCAGAUCCAGCAUUUGUCUGAAGCCCUCGUGCCCGCCUUGCACGAGUAUGUCCUGUGUGCCGAGACCCUGAAGGCUGUGAUGAGACUUGCAGGACGAGGUGGACGGUCUGGCAGACCGGGUGGAGCUGGCCAACAACGCCUUGAAGGUAGACUGGUCGCGCUGGCAGAACAGCAUGAGAACCGACCUCAGAUCAGCCUUCAUAUCUACAUCUGAGAAGAAUGUGGAGUAUUACGAGAAGUGCCUGGCCGUGUGGGAGUCGUUCCUCCUGUCUCAGAGGCUGGAGCCCGGUGCACAGAGAGAUGGGGAAGACGCCUGUUAAAGUGUGGAGAUGAUUGAAACGUGGAGGUCGCCUGAUCAACAUAGAGCACACCUUCUGUCAUCUGUCCAACACAUCUACAAUCUAGACUUUAAACCAGUGUCCACUUAUGCAAACAUGCAUCAUGUACGAAACAAGCACACUCUUUCUGUCUCUCUCUCUGUCUCUUUUUCUUGCUGUCUGGCCAAAGAGGAUAAUCCCAGUCUUACCAUUCCAGUGAUGAUUGUGCAUCACUAAAACCAACACUGUGAUCCAAAUAGUGUUUACACACCUCUGUGCCAAAAGUAAAAAAGAAGACUUUUGGUUCUUCUGGCUCCACUUUGCUUUCUUGUUGUGCUAGACAACUUUGUGGCACUGUAAAAAAUUCCCUCCAUGUGUGGAGAACAGCUGUGUCCAAUCAGGGGAUGCCUCCUUGAAAGAAUGCCAAGAUGUGGCGCAAUGAGUCCUCACCUCAGAGAAACCCAAACUAAUGAUGCAUUCAGACCCUCUUCAACUCCAUUAAUUGGAAUUUUCCACCUUACCAUCAGAAAGUUGUACUCAGUUGACAGAAUAACUGGUCGAUUCCACCGGGCAUGGCUGCAAUGCGUUAUGGUGUCGGCCGCUGGAGCUGUAUCACUGCCGUUCUAGACAACGCUUGUGAUUCCACCAGAAGCAGCUCUCCACAGAUAAUUUGCUAUUUUUGACGGAAGCGGCGUCAAGCAGUACAGAGUAGAUCUAACUGGCACGAAGUCAGAUACAAAAGGCGUAGAGAAUCCAGUCAAUUUUCAAAAUAGUACGCCCUGUGCAGACAACAAUUUAACUGCAUGGUAGAAGCACGUAAAUCAAGGAAAAUUGGCAACAUCAACAAAAUAGUUACCAAAUCUGGCAGGCAAAUGCUCUGCUUCUGAAACUCUUCUGGUGGGGCAUAAAGCCACAUGCAGGACCGACCAAAACAGCACUGCGGAUGCAAUGUCACAUGGAGCCAUGUGUGGUGGAAUCAAGGCGUGAGUAAUAAACCGUAGUGCAAAAUCUAAAAGUUCCAAAGUAAUUUGACAAAGAGUAUGGAUUUGAAACCAUAGAUCAGAUGAAUCGUUGAUAAAAGUGAAGUUGUUAGCUGCCUUUUAAAAAUGCUGCUGACUUACAGUAAUGUUACCAUGACAGCAAAUCUGUUAUUGCAAAGUUACUUGUUAGCUGUCAACUCGGUGAGGCAGCAGAGGAAGCCACCAUGAAUGAUUAGAACAUCAUCAUUGUCAUCGUCAUUAGUUUUUAUUUGUUUCAACUAGACUUUUUGUAGUCUGUAUUUAGUCUUCUAUUAGUAUUUGCUUUAUGUAGUUUUUUUGUAUUCAUUUUAAAUGCAGAUCAUUAAAUGCAGACUUCAAAAGAGGACUCCCCUGAAUUGAGUCACAGCUACUGAUACUAAUGUCAUGGAACCAUGUGACUGACCCUUAACCUUAGUAUAGCAUGACCACUGUUUUUCUCCUAAAUCUUAACCAAAGUACUUUGAUGGAGCUCAGUUGGUGAAAUGGUUCUGAGAGACUUGGAAACAGUAGUUUGACAAAAUUAUCUUCACUCAAAGUCUUAAAAGGUGACGUAAGUAUGGCCACAGACACGUAAUGCCAAGAUCAGACUACAAGAUCAGCCUGAAUGGUCUGACCCAGCAGGCCUCUUAGGAAUGAAAAUGGGUUUUAGACACAACAAUUUCCCUGACAUUGUGAAAGACAACUGACGCAGAAUCUGAGACACCUCACAACAUCCCAACAAAAAUAAAACUUGCAUGUCAGAAUUUUAUUGCCAUCAUUUUUUUGACAAUUUCUACGACAUGUUCAGUGACAUUGACCAAAAAGUGCUCUUCAACUGUGAACAUGAACAAGAGAAAGACUAUGACCCUUGCAUCAGAAGCAAGAAACCAAAUUGACAUCUGCUUCUGCGGGAUGACUGGUUCCAGGUUCACUGUUGUCCAUAAGACCCUAAUUACAUAUAAGAUUUUAGUGCUGAUAAGGGUUAAAUUAAGUUUAAUAUACUCUGCCACUUGGUCUGUGGCCCCUAACUUCCAAAUAUGAUACUGUAGAUAUGCCUUUAGAAUCAUAUCUGGAUGUGCAAGGUUCUGCAGUAAAUGGACUACUUAUAUAGCGCACACCACACUUUGUAGUCUUUCGACCACUCAGUGCGCUGUGCACUACAUACCACACCCUCCCCAUUCACACACAUUCAUACACUGAUGGCAGUGGCUGCCAUGCAAGGUGCCAACUGCUCACCAGAACGGAAACUAAUCAUUCA